AUGGAAAGCGAAGUAGAUGUACCAUUAAAGAACAUUUUAUGUUUGGGAAAUGAAUUUGAAUAUUUUAAAGAAUAUGUUCCUUUUGUAGACUAAGGAAGAUUAGUUCAUAAUAUAAGAAAAGCAACAAAAAUCGGUUACGCUUGUAUGGAUGUACCUAUGAUUUCUAAAAGGGAAUGUUACUUUUUAGGUGCUGGAUAUAAUCUAUUAGAUGAAACAGGAAGUAUUAUGUUAGUAUCGAAAACUAUUCAUAAUGAUACUUAAUUUUGUAAUAAAAUAGGUUUAGAAAUUCCAGAAAAUAAAAAUUAUAUUAGAUUAGAUUAUAAAUAUUAUGUAUUGAAUUUAACUCCAUUAGGACCAUAAAGAUGCUAUUUGUAAAUGAUAUUUAAUGUAGAUUAUAAAAUCCCUUUAAUACCGAAAUCUAUAAAAAAUUGGUGUGGAAGAAAAUUCGCUUUAUUUUUUGUUGAAAAUGUAAUUAAAAAAGCUACUAAUUUUAAAGGUAGUAAUUGGGAAAAAGCUAUUUAGAAAUCUAAAGAUUUUUAUAAUUGGAUAGAUUAAGUUUUAAAUAUUUUUUUAAAAGAUUGUGAAUUAAAUGAAAAUAAUAUUGAAAUAUAAGAACUUUGA